AUUCUAUUAUGUCAACUGUAAAUAGAAAAAUCUUGAUUGCUCUUGAUGAAACAAAAGCUGGUCAGCAUGUUCUUGAUUGGGUACAUUCACAUCAUCUGUUGAACGUGGAGGAUGAGAUAUAUUUGGCUACAGCCGUGGAUGAAGAUGUCUCUUCUGUAGAAGGUCCAGGAUGGCAAUCUGCACCCAUGUCUGGUUCAGCAAAUAUUUCAGAAGAUUAUGGUAUUGACAUUCGUAUAUUGGAAAGACGUGGUCAACAAAACUUGAUGAAAGGCAUUGAAAAGUUUCGUGACCUCGGUUAUAAAAACACAAAGGCUGCAUUGUUAAAGGGAGAUCCUGAGAAGGCAAUUAUAAAGUAUGCAAAGGAUCAUAGUAUUGAUCUUGUUAUCUGUGGUCGAAAUCAUAAAGGUUUAUUUAAACGGGUGAUAGCUGGUUCAGUUUCAGAAUACUUGGUGCAUCAUCUUGACUGUAGUCUGUUGAUUGUAAAAUAAUCUUGGAUUAUAAAAAAAAAAAAUUAGCAAAUUCCUGUACAUAAAUAAAAUAAGGUGGUUAUUUUAAACUCUUUUUAUUAAACCACU